UUCACAAAAACUCUCUCUAGCAACAUUAAUCUCUCCCUGCAACAAUCUAUAGCUUCUUGGUUUCUUAAUUCAUUACUUUUCGCACAAAAAAAAUGGGAAGACAUUCUUGUUGUUUUAAGCAGAAGCUAAGAAAAGGCCUUUGGUCUCCUGAAGAAGAUGAGAAACUUCUCAAUUACAUCACUAGACAUGGUCAUGGCUGUUGGAGUUCUGUUCCUAAACUCGCAGGUUUGCAAAGAUGUGGAAAGAGUUGUAGACUAAGGUGGAUAAAUUAUUUGAGACCAGAUUUGAAGAGAGGAGCUUUCUCACAAGAUGAAGAAAGCUUGAUCAUUGAGCUCCAUGCUGCAUUAGGCAACAGAUGGUCUCAAAUCGCGACUCGGUUACCGGGAAGAACAGACAACGAGAUCAAGAACUUUUGGAACUCAUGUCUAAAGAAGAAGCUGAGAAGAAAAGGCAUUGAUCCAACAACACAUAAACCCUUAGUAACAACAAACGAGCUUCAUCAAACUCUCAACGUCAUAGAUCAGAAGUUGACGUCAUCGGAAGUAGUAAAGUCAACGGGUUCAAUAAACAACAACACACAUGAUCACCAGUCCAUGGUCGUCUCGAACCAGUCAGGUCCAUGGUGGUUCCCUGCGGCUACAACUACUACUACUACGACUAAUCAAAACGCUGCGUUUUGUUUUAGUUCAAGUAACACUACUCCAACGGUUUCAGACCAGAUCGUAUCUUUAAUCUCUUCAAUGUCCACGUCAUCGUCUCCGACACCAAUGACUUCAAACUUCAACCCUGCGGCUCCAAACAACUGGGAAUUACAACAACUCAACUACUGUAACACUGUUCCAUCUCAAACCAACAGUAUCUACAGUGCCUUCUUUGGUAAUAAUCAUUACACAGAAGCUAGCCAAAUCAUGAACACUAACAAUAAUAAUAAUAACAAUCCAGUCUUGGAUCAUCAUCAAGACAUGAAGUCAUGGGCAUCAGAGAUUCUUCAUUACACAGAACAAAACCAAACCUCAGAAACAUGUUUAGAAACAGAAGUGAAGCCAGACAUUGCCAAAUACUACUGGAGAUCAGCAUCAUCAUCUUCCUCACCAAACCAAGAAGCUGCAACGUUACUGCAUGAUGCUGACGUUGAGGUGUACGGUAAGAAUCUACAAAAACUUAAUAGCAUGGUGUUUGAUCAAAGCCUUUAGAGUUAAUUAACAUGUGUGUGUUCUAGAGAGUUUCGUUUUCUAUAUAUUCAAAACAUUCAGUUUUAUUGAUUGAUGAUCAUGAUCCAUACAUAUUCUGCUGGUGUGUAAAGUAUAUAAUAUGGUUUUUGGUUUGUGUAUAUUUUUUUCUGUUUGUUACUAAGAUGUAAUUCUUUUUUUUUAUUCUAUCUCCAUGCUUAU